ACGGAAACCAUGAUUACUCACUGCUUGUCGAAUCAGUAAAGCGUAUCUCUUUCAUUGAAUUUAGGUUAGGUAUCUGUUUUCUCUGUUAUUCUUCUUCAUUCACAUGUACAAAUUCGUUUCAAGGGAUUCGACAAAUCUGAGAUUCUCCUCUGUUUUAAUGUCCUAAGGGAGAUUCGUUUCUUCGUUAACAAAACCCUCUUCCAUCUCCGUGUCUCCAAAGUGCUGUUGUCUUAACCCAAUCAGCAAAAACAAUCCUUUUUUAUAUUUUGUAAAAACCUCGAUUAUAUCAGUUUCUUCAUUCUCCAUGUGUCGCUCUGAUACGAAUGCAUAAGAUGUGCCAUGAACCUAUCAACGUCUCUCCGGUAGAGUCCGGAGUUACGUUCAAUGAGUUAGACCACCUCCCCUUGACGGCGCGGCGGAGUUUGUUGCAGCCUAACUCUGUUUCUGUGCCUGCUAUCGUGAAAAGGGAAGAGGAUUGCUUUAAUGAGCUGGGCUGUGAUGCUCCAGAAUCUGUAAACUCUCAAACUCCGGAAUCUACUAGCAUUGGUUGCAGUCUAGGUCUAGUUGAUUCUGAAAGCUUAAGGCCACAGAACAACAUUCUUCUAGUGUCUUGUAGUAAUAAUGCCCAAGAGAGUUUCAACAGAGUUGAACAAAUUGAAGAAACCACAGGGAGUGAUGAUGCUCUUGAACAUCUCACUCUGAAUGAGAGGCGAAAAUUGCUUCUAGAAAGGAUGGUGUUAAGGUUGCCAGAACCCAACUUUUUAGAGGAUAAUACUAAAGAUUGCCAUGAAACCGAUCUUUUCAAAAUAAAAGCCGAGAAUACAUGCAAAAAUGGGAUAGCUUCAUCUUCUGCGGUCCGAUUCAGCGGCUUUCUAGAGAAAAUUGAUUCUUUCCUCUAUAAGAAAGUUACUAUAGGUUCCAAAUCUGAAAGUCAGCUUAGUGGAGUUCAAGAGAAUGAUAUUCCUAUUGCUAACAAAAGGUCUUUUGAGUUGUCACCUGAAGCCAGUUUAUCCAAUAGAGAUUACGAACACUCUCCAUUAAGUAGCAACUGUUAUGCAAGUGCAGCAGAACAGCAGAGAGGUAGUGUAAAGAGAGUCAAAAGGAAUCCACGUCCUUUGAACGUGAGUGAGAUACAGUUGAAUCAAGAAAAAUGUGAGCCUUUAGAAGAUUCCUCCGUGGAUAACAAUGAAGAACCAAAUCCUGUUACCUCAGAGCAAGUACAGGUCAAAAGAGAGGUGGAAAGACAUGAGUAAGACGAGCUAGAUUUUGUGAAUUUGAUCUCUCGCAUGACUCGUUGUGCAUCUGCUCCGAGUCCUGCUAGCUUUGUGAAAGACGAGGCUAGUGAAUUGGAUGAAGAUGAGAUAGACCAUAUGAAACUAAUUGAUCGGCUAAAGCUUAGAUCUUCUUCUAAUGGUUCAGGUCAUCAUGAAGCUCCUCCUAGUUCUUCACCACCUCCAGGUUUUAGCUUCUGUACAUCUGAUGAAUACGUUAAACCUGCUAGGGCAUCUCGGUCUUGGAAGCGAAAGAAAACCGCCACGAACUCAAUUGAGACAGCUCUGGAGGAAGAUGCUCCUGGUCUUUUACAGGUACUGAUUAAACAAGGGGUGACAGUAGAUGAACUCAGGCUUUAUGGGGAGAAUGAUUCCUUCUCAGAUGAUUCUUCACUUCUUGAAGAGACCUUCUCAGAGCUGGAAGAUGUCAUCUCACAGCUCUACUUCAAACGAGCAACUGGCCCUAAACUUCUUAACUUAAGUUUCUCAAAAGAUUCAAGAACCAGCUAUUGCUUGACCUGUCUCUUCUCCCUCAUAGAACAGGCACGAUAUCUGCGGUUUCGCAAAUGGCCUGUUGAAUGGGGCUGGUGCCGUGAUCUCCAGUCUUUCAUAUUCGUUUUCGAGAGACAUAACAGGAUAGUUAUGGAACGGCCUGAAUAUGGCUACGCAACAUACUUCUUCGAGCUCAGCAACACUGCAUCAGUAGGAUGGCAGAUCAAACGGUUAGUCUUGGCCAUGAAACUCGCGAGCUGUGGCCGUUAUCAACUUAUUGAAAACAAGCCAUUACUGGUAGGAGAGGAUAUGACGGAAGCUGAAGCUGAAGUACUGAUGAAGUACGGUUGGGUUGCGAACACGGGGCUAGGGACAAUGCUAAACUACCGUGACAGGGUGUUCCAUGACAGGAAGAGCCAUAAAGAGACAUCAGAAUGGAAGUCUAAGAUUUCUAAUCUUCUUGUUGAUGGCUAUAACAGUGGAACUAUUGUCUCAACUUUCAUUGUUCCCCCUGAUGAUGUCGAGGAUGAUGAUGAUGCUGGACUUGACAUGGAACAAGUUAAGCUCGAGAGUUACUGAAAACUGUGAAUCUCUCUGGUGGCAACUAGUUUGUUUAAGAGUGUUCAAAUGUGGAUAUGAAACCUUACAUUGUUUAUUUAUUUGAUCAAUUAAAUUUAGUAGACUUUGUAAGCUUUAUCCAAAUAUAUAUAUAUUAGAUGGAAAAAAACAA